UCAGUCAUGUGAUCAGCUGUCACUGAUGAUCAGUGUGCCCUGAUGAUUUGUGUAGCCCCAGCAGUGCCACCUGUCAGUGUCCAUCAGUGCCAGCUGUCAGUGCUCAUCCAUGCCACCUGCCAGUGCCCAUCAGUGCCACAUCAAUGCCACAUAUCAGUGCCUACCAGUGCACAUCAAUGCCACGUAUCAGUGCCAAUCUGAGCUGCCUUUCAGUGUCACCCAUAAGUGCCAGUCAGUGCCACCUAUCAAUGCCAGUCAGUGCCACCUAUCAGUGCCAGUCAGUGCUGCCUAUCAGUGGCAGUCAGUG